AUGAAGGAGAUUGAUGUGCGCUCCCGUGCCCGAAUUCUGGGUGAUGCAUUUGCUCUUGCUGAAGCGAACUCAAUCCCGUAUGACAUACCUCUGAACCUGACGCAGUAUCUGGCUAAAGAAAGCGAAUUUCUGCCAUGGACGACGGCUCUAUCAGGGUUUGGAACUAUUGUGCAGAAUUUUGCUGAUGAACCAGAAACCCAGUACGUUAGAGAUUACUUGAGACCGCUGAUUGCUCCCCUGUACAGUCGCAUCGAUUGGAAAACUCUGGAAACGGCUUAUCUUGAUGAUAAGUUGUUUUUUGAAAAGUCAGUUAUUUAA